AUGGCGAAGGAUGAGGCCAGGAAAUCAGAUUUUUCAAAGGGAUUGCUGCAGAGUGAAGAGCUCUACAAAUAUAUACUGGAGACGAGUGUGUACCCACGCGAGGCAGAGGCUCUCAAGGAGCUAAGGAACAUUACUCAUAACCACCCGAGAGCUAUGAUGGCUACUGCACCUGACGCUGGUCAGCUAAUGGAGAUGCUUCUGAAUCUAGUCAAUGCAAGAAACACAAUCGAGAUUGGGGUUUUCACUGGAUACUCUCUUCUCCGCACUGCUCUUACCUUACCAGAAGAUGGCAAGGUUAUCGGCAUCGACGUGAACAGAGACUCGUAUGAAAUAGGACUGCCAGUUAUCAAGAAAGCUGGUGUUGAGCACAAAAUUGACUUCAGAGAAUCUGAAGCUCUUCCAGUCCUUGACGAGCUUUUAAAAGAUAAAGAGAACGAGGGUGGAUUCGACUUCGCGUUUGUGGACGCGGACAAGGUGAAUUAUUUUAACUACCAUGAGAGGCUUAUGAGGCUGAUCAAGGUUGGUGGGAUUGUAGUGUAUGACAACACGCUCUGGGGAGGAUCAGUUGCUGAACCGGACUCAUCCACGCCCGAGUGGAGGAUGGAAGGCAAGAAAGCAACACACGAGCUGAACCAGAGGCUCUCAGCUGAUAAGCGUCAUAUAAUAAACCUACUCCUCCGCCGCCACCACCGUCUCUGUCUUUCGGCGUUUGUGGAUAAUCGCAGGAAAAGAAGAGAGGUAUUAAAAAUGUCGGAGAAGACGAAGGGAAGGAAAGAGGAGGUGGUGACCAGAGAGUACACCAUCAACCUUCACAGACGCCUCCAUAGCUGUACGUUUAAGAAGAAGGCACCAAAGGCAAUCAAGGAGAUAAGGAAGUUUGCAGAGAAGGCAAUGGGGACAAAGGACGUGAGAGUGGACGUGAAGUUGAACAAGCAGAUUUGGAGCAGAGGUAUCAGAGGUCCACCGAGAAGGAUCAGAGUCAGAGUUGCUCGCAAGAGAAACGAUGACGAAGACGCAAAGGAAGAGUUUUUCUCCCUCGUCACUGUUGCUGAAAUCCCUGCCGAAGGACUCUCUGGCCUUGGCACUAAAGUUAUCGAAGAAGAGGAUUGA